GCAACUGGAAGAAUAUGUAACAAAAUGUCGGAAACUUCAGAAGACGAGCAAGCGCAAUUGCAAACAAGCGAUGAAGAACUCAGUGCUGACGAAGAGCCAAAAAAAGCACAGAUGCCGGGGAAGAGGAUGAGGAAGACGACGGCGACGAUAAAGAAACUGAAAAUGAGUCUGAUGACGAUGCGUCCGCGGCCGAUGAGGAUAAAAUUGAAUGGCGACAAAGCGCUAACGUGGAAAGAUCUUGGUCUCAAUGAAACACUGUGCAAGGCUUGUGAUGAGCUAAUGUGGAAGGCGCCUUCAAAAAUUCAAAAGGAAGCGAUACCAAUUGCCAUACAGGGCAAGGAUGUAAUUGGUUUGGUAGAAACAGGAUCGGGUAAAACCGGCGCCUUUGCGCUGCCUAUUUUGCAUGCAUUACUAGAGAAUCCGCAACGUUAUUUCGCACUGGUCUUAACGCCAACACGUGAACUCGCAUUCCAAAUUGGUGAACAAUUUGAGGCGUUGGAAGUCUCCAACAAAUAUCAAACUGUCGAUCAGCUACAGCAAUAUUAUCUAUUUAUACCUGUAAAAUACAAAGACGUCUAUCUGGUGCACAUCCUCAACGAGCUGGCUGGCAACAGUUUCAUGAUCUUCAGCAGCACUUGCAACAACACUGUGAAGACUGCCUUGAUGUUGCGAGCUCUGGGCUUAGCUGCGAUUCCGUUGCAUGGACAGAUGUCGCAGAACAAACGCUUGGCAGCGCUCAACAAAUUUAAGGCGAAAAAUCGUUCGAUUUUGAUAUCCACCGAUGUUGCCUCACGUGGUCUUGACAUUCCCCAUGUGGAUGUGGUGGUUAACUUUGAUAUACCCACGCACAGUAAGGAUUACAUACAUCGUGUGGGACGCACAGCGCGUGCCGGACGUUCCGGGCAAGCCAUCACUAUGGUCAGUCAGUAUGACAUUGAAUUGUAUCAGCGUAUCGAACAUUUGCUGGGCAAACAGUUGCCUCUGUACAAAUGCGAGGAGGAUGAGGUGAUGGCUCUGCAGGAGCGUGUGGCGGAAGCACAACGUACAGCGAAACUGGAGCUCAAUGAUCUGGAGGAUAGCAAGGGCUACAAGGGUGGCAAAGGCGGUGGCACUAAGCGUUCGGCUGCUGGAGGGGACCACGAUGAUUCGGAACAGUUUACGGGUGCGCGCAAGCGCAUGAAACCCAUGGGGAAGGGUGGGAAUAACAACUAUAAGAACAAGGGGGGGCGCUGGAGUUACCUUCUCUACCCUUUUCGUAGAGAUGUAGAGUCUACGACAAACCAAAAGAGGCACGAUCCGACUGGAACGACCGUUAUAUAA